AUGUUUGUUAAUUGGUGUUUCACUAGUAAUUCUAGUUACCAUGUUGGUGGUAGAAUUAUUGUAGCUUGGAAGGCUGGGUGUUUUACAGUGAACAUUGUAGCAGCAUCAAGUCAGUUCAUGCAUUGUCAUGUCACCCCUAUAAGUGUGAAUGAAAGAAUUGGUGCUCCUGUCAGGCAUAUGGAAAUUGUUGACAUCAAUAACUGUAUGAAUGGAUGUGGAAUGGAGGAUGUUAAAUGUUUGGUGAAUCUCUACACUUGGAAUAAUAAACAACAAGGGGCAGACAUAGUUUUUUCAAAGCUUGACAAAAUUCUUGGAAAUGUUGCUUGGAUUGAUUGCUAUCCUUCUGCAGAAGCUUGCUUUCUUCCAGAAGGUCAUUUUGAUCAUUCUCCUAGUCUUUUGACUGUGUAUCCCAGGGUUAAUGGAGGAAGAAAACCAUUUAAAUACUUUACAAUGUGGAAAACAUCUCCCAGCUUUAAUACAAUUGUGACUGAUGCUUGGAACACUCCUAUCAAUGGUAGUAAAAUGUUCUGUGUGGUGAGUAAACUUAAGAAGGUUAAGGGUGUUCUUAAGGCCAUCCAUGAUUAUAAGAUCAAACACAAGAUAUAUCUUGAUUUUUUGGCUCAGAAGGCUAAACUGGCUUGGAUUAAAGCUGGUGAUGAAAAUACAGCUUUGUUCCAUCAAAGUAUAAGAAGCAGACAAGUUCAGAAUCAGAUUUACAGUAUACAUGAUAUGAGAGGAGAUUGGAAAGAUCAAGCUGCAGAUGUUUCAGAAGCUUUCUUGAACUAUUACAAGAUGUUAUUGGGGAGUGUUCAUGAAGGUAGAACUCCUGUUAUCACACAGGUAGUUCACGGUGGUCCUGUUUGUCAGGAUUAUCAUAAAACAAUCCUUAAUGCUCCAUAUACUUCUGAGGAAGUGAAAGCAGCUCUUUUCUCUAUUCCUGGUAUCAAAGCACCAGGUCCUGAUGACUUUGGCUCUUUUUUCUACAAGGAUGCUUGGCAUGUAGUUGGGAAUGAGGUGAUUGAGGCUGUUUUGGAUGUGUUGAGGAAUGGUAAACUGCUAAAAGAGGUGAAUCACACAGUUGUUACUUUGAUUCCAAAAUCUAAAUGUCCUAAGAAUUUCAGUGAUUUUAGGCCUAUCUCUUGGUGUAAUACUAUCUACAAGUGCAUCACUAAAGUUCUUUGUGGUAGGUUGAGGCAAAUCCUUCCAGAUCUUAUUCUAGAGAAUCAAGGGGGCUUUGUUCAUGGCAGGUACAUUGUGCAUAACAUUAUGGUAGUCCAGGACCUUGUGAGGCACUAUGGAAGGAAGGGUGUGAAGCCUAGUUGCUUAAUGAAGAUUGAUUUUCAAAAAGCUUAUGACACAGUGGAUUGGUCUUUCCUAAAAGAGAUGUUGGUUGCACUGGAUUUUCCUGAGCACUUUGUGAAUUUAGUAAUGGAGUGUGUCACCACACCAAUGUUUUCUCUCAUGAUUAAUGGCUCCAUGCAUGGAUUUUUCAAAUCCUAG